AUGAAUAUUAUUAAAUAUUUUAUACUUUCAUCAUGUCGUCGUGUAUUAUUAAGAAUAUUACGUUGGCUUUCUAUUUAUCGUUUAGUUGUCUUUCAUUUAAAUUAUUGUUGUUUUCAUUCCGCAAAUAUUAUUGUUUCAUUGACAAGUACUCCACAACGAUUUCAUUAUGAAUUACCAUUUACAAUUCAUUCAUUAUUGUCUCAAACAAUAUUACCAAAAGAAAUUCGUAUUUAUUUAUCACCAACAAUUACAAUUAUUAAAAAUAAAAAUCUAACAUUAAAUCAUUUAAAAAUGUAUAUAAAAAAAUUUCAUUCAUCAAUAAUUAUUGAAAAAUUAUUUGAUAAAUUAGUACGAAUAUAUUUUGAAGACGAAGAUUAUGGUCCAGCAACAAAAUUUCUACCUAUUUUAAAAGAAUUUCAUUUAUUACCAACAAAUUCAUCGAAAUUACAAGCAAUUAUGAUAUGUGAUGAUGAUCAUUAUUAUCAUCCUCAUACUAUAUCUCUAUUACUUAAAUAUUCAGAUAAAUAUAAAAAUAGUAUUAUUGGAUUAAGAGGAUGGCGAAUUCGUGAUGAUCUUACUUGGGGUGUAUCUAGUAGAGAAGAACUUGCUUAUCAUAUAAUUGAAUCAUUUCGUCUAUCGGAAAUUUAUCGUGUUGGUAUUGUUACUGCCAAUCAUGCUUAUAUAAUUCGUCCAUCAUUUUUUGAUUCACAUAUUUAUCUUGAUUUUAAACAAGUUUCUGAUGAUAUACGUCGUGUUGAUGAUAUUUGGUUAAAUGGUCAUGCAUCAAAACGAAAUAUUACUCGUUUAGUAAUACCAACAUGUUGUUUUAGUAUUAGUGUAACUAAAACACAUGAACUUGAAAAUUAUUUUAAUAAACAUCAAUUUACACGAUUAGUAGCAAAUAAUAAUGCAUUAAAAUGGUUUAAUAAAUCAUGGGAAAAAGAUUUAUGGUAUAAAUUUUAUGGACAAAAUCGACCAAAAGAUUGUAAUUGGUGGAUAAAAAUUUAUCGACAAUGGAUUAAUAUUAUUUUAAGAUUAAAAUUUAUUAUUUAUGUUGGUUUUAUCUAA